GGACACAACCGGCAACGUGGGGCGGGACGGAAGCCUCCUGGGGUCAGAUCGGGGCGACGCGGGAAGUCCAGACGCUGAAGCUGCCUGAAGAGAGGAGGCCUGAGGCGCAGGUCCGGCCCUGGUGGCGGCAAUGGCGGAGAGGCCCGAGGACCUGAACCUGCCCAAUGCCGUUAUUACCAGGAUCAUCAAGGAGGCGCUCCCGGACGGUGUCAACAUCUCCAAGGAGGCCCGGAGCGCCAUCUCCCGCGCCGCCAGCGUCUUCGUGCUGUACGCCACCUCCUGUGCCAACAACUUCGCGAUGAAAGGGAAACGCAAGACACUGAAUGCCAGUGAUGUGCUCUCGGCCAUGGAGGAAAUGGAGUUUCAGCGCUUCGUUACCCCGUUAAAGGAAGCUCUGGAAGCUUACCGGAGGGAGCAGAAAGGCAAAAAGGAAGCCUCGGAGCAGAAGAAGAAGGACAAAGACAGAAAAACAGAUUCAGAAGAGCAAGACAAGAGUAGAGAUGAGGACAACGAUGAAGAUGAGGAGAGGCUGGAAGAAGAAGAACAGAAUGAAGAGGAGGAAGUGGACAACUGAAUGGGGAAAUCUGAUGGUGCUCAGGAAUCUAAUCCUCUCCCACCCCUGUCUCAGCCUCUCCCCCACCCCCCUUGUAACUGCUUCUGAAGUACCUCUGUUGACCUUUCUUAGGUUUGGGGAGACUUUUCUCUCUCUUUCCAUUUAGUGCUCCAAGCACUUUUUUGCUUGUCUCUAAGGGAGCUGACAAGUAGUGAAGUGUAGUUUGACACUGUUAAUUUGUUAAAUUAAAACAGUGAAAAGUUUGUUGAUAAAUGAGUGAAGAACGUUGAGAAGAGUAUAAUGCUUUGUACAAAUAAAGAACACUCUUGUUAAA